CAGCGCGCCUGGCUCCUCUCAGCGGCGGUGGCCCAGGCGGAGGAGUCCGCGGUGGCGGCGGUGGCGGCGCUGUUCCCCGCGCGGUCCGCGGAGCGGGGUCCGGGCUGUGCGACGUCGGGCGGCGGCGGCACUGAGGCCACGGCCCGACCCCGACCCCGGGUCCCCUCCUCGGCCGCCCCCCGCCCACGGGCUGCCCCCUGGGCCCUGCGUCCUUUCCCCCGCUGGCGGGGCCCGGACAGAAGAUGGUGCAGAAGAAAACAGCCGAACUUCAGGGCUUCCACCGAUCAUUCAAGGGCCCGAAUCCUUUCGAGCUGGCCUUCUCUUUAGACCCGGGCCACCACGGGGACUCGGACUUCAGCCCACCGUGCGAGGCCCGCCCUGACAUGCCCGCCAGCCAGCCCAUCGACAUCCCAGACGCCAAGAAGAGAGGCAAGAAGAAGAAACGGUGCCGCGCUACUGACAGCUUCUCGGGCAGGUUUGAAGAUGUGUACCAGCUGCAGGAGGAUGUGCUCGGGGAAGGGGCUCACGCCCGCGUGCAGACCUGCGUCAACCUCAUCACCAACCAGGAGUACGCUGUCAAGAUCAUCGAGAAGCAGCCAGGACACAUACGCAGCCGGGUGUUCCGGGAGGUGGAGAUGCUAUACCAGUGCCAGGGACACAGGAACGUUCUAGAGUUGAUCGAGUUUUUCGAGGAGGAGGACCGCUUCUACCUGGUGUUUGAGAAGAUGCGGGGUGGCUCCAUCCUGAGCCACAUCCACAAGCGGCGACACUUUAAUGAACUGGAGGCCAGCGUGGUGGUGCAGGACGUGGCCAGCGCCUUGGACUUCCUGCACAACAAAGGCAUUGCCCACAGAGACCUAAAGCCCGAGAACAUCCUCUGUGAACACCCCAACCAGGUCUCCCCCGUGAAGAUCUGCGACUUCGACCUGGGCAGUGGCAUCAAACUGAACGGGGACUGCUCCCCUAUCUCCACCCCGGAGCUCCUCACUCCGUGUGGCUCGGCCGAGUACAUGGCUCCCGAGGUGGUGGAGGCCUUCAGCGAGGAGGCCAGCAUCUAUGACAAGCGCUGCGACCUGUGGAGCCUGGGCGUCAUCCUCUACAUCCUGCUCAGCGGCUACCCACCUUUCGUGGGCCACUGCGGCAGUGACUGCGGCUGGGACCGUGGCGAGGCCUGCCCCGCCUGCCAGAACAUGCUGUUUGAGAGCAUCCAGGAGGGCAAAUAUGAGUUCCCCGACAAGGACUGGGCCCACAUCUCCUUCGCCGCCAAAGACCUCAUCUCCAAACUGCUCGUCCGCGACGCCAAGCAGCGGCUGAGCGCUGCCCAAGUCCUGCAGCACCCCUGGGUGCAGGGGUGUGCCCCGGAGAACACCCUGCCCACGCCCAUGGUCCUGCAGAGGAACAGCUGUGCCAAAGACCUCACGUCCUUCGCCGCGGAGGCCAUCGCCAUGAACCGGCAGCUGGCCCAGCGUGACGAGGACGCGGCCGAGGAGGCGGCCGCAGGGCAGGGCCCCCCUGUCGUCAUCCGCGCUACCUCACGCUGCCUGCAGCUGUCCCCGCCCUCUGAGUCUAAGCUGGCACAGCGGCGGCAGAGGGCCAGCCUGUCCGCCGCCCCUGUGGUCCUGGUGGGGGACCGCGCGUGACCCCCUGCUGGCCGGCCAUGUACAUAGGUCGCCCCCGCCCUGUCUGACCUGAAAGGUUUUUAAGCUAAGGUCAGCGGGGGCCGGGGCUGCUCCCCAUCCCGCUGGCUGCUUCCCCAGGCUGAGCUCAGCCCGGGGUGGAUUUUUUUAUAGAAGGUUUUUGCUGUUCGGUUUUUCUCCCGUCCUCCUUUUCCCCAAGCCCCUCCCAUCUUUUGUUUUUCCGUGUUUUGUUUGUUCCUUUUCACAAUGUUCAAAGCAAGUGCCCGGGGAGGACCCUCCGCUGCCCCGCCAUGUACACCUGUACUGUGAAGGUCUCCCCGCCGCCCGCCGCCUGCACCCCGCCACCUCCCACGGCUCCCGCCUCCAGCCACUUUGCUGUCUUCCAGCGCCGGAGGGGCGCUCAGGGGCCCAGCCCCUCUUCCCAGUCCUUGGUGGUUUUAGGAAUGGUCCCCUCUGCGGUCCUGUUGGCUUGGGUAGGGUAGGGGGCGCCCCAUCUCCGCAGGCAGGGUGGACGGCCACCCACCCUAUUCCUGCCCCCAGCCCUGAGCUCCCUCCCACCUUCCUGUCCCUGAGAGCUGACAAUCGGGGUUCUUCCCAGGCCUGUCUGAGCAGGCCCCUGCCAGCUGGACUUGGCCUCUGACUUCGCCCUUACAUCACAGCUGAUGGGGGUCACACCCUCUCCCCCCCUCCUUCCCCAGGAUUGAAGCCGGAGCCAGGCGUGUGCCAGACCCUAACCCUGCAUCUGGCCGGCCUCAGCAUGAUGGAACGGGGGCAGGCAGGCACCCAUCUGCCAACACGGGGUCCCAAAGUGUCCCCACCCCCUUGGGCACCCAAGUGCCCCUUCUCAGGGCUCAGUCUGGCCACAGCCACGUUCUGCCCCACACUGCCCCUGGGUCUGGUCUUCGGCAGCUCUUCUGGCCCCGCCCCCACCCUUGGGGUUGGAGCUGGACUCGAGGGUCCCCCUGAGAACCCCCACCCUGCUCCCCCCAGGGCGGCGAUUCAGCUGUACCCUCUUUCAGGAAAGCAGCUGCAGCACCCAGAACUGAUCAGGGAGGGUCCCCUGGGUGCACCCCAUGUUUCCCCCAGCUCCAACCAGGCCCCUGGUCAGCCCGCCUGGGGACAUGGGAGCCUGGGCCGCUCCUGUGCUGGCCAGCCUCGAACUACUAUGCAAUACAAGGCCCUGUUUUCUACGUGCACGUGUGGCCCUGCAGGUCGGGGGCGCCUGGGCCCCAGGACCCCUGCCUAGCCCGGCCCAGGGUCUGCUCAGGUGUCCGGGCCAGGCAGGGCCGCUCCCUUGGCCUCCAAAUCCGUGGUCGGGAUUGUUUGUUGUGUUUAGUUUUUUUUUUUUUUUAAGAAAACAAAAAAAAAACAAGAUAUCAUCUGACUUUGCUUCUGUUCUUGAAGAAUACUUGAAUGUCGAGGGGCCUUGUGGGUAGGGGCUCGGACACUGCCCAGGAUUCCCUCGCCUUCCCCCCAAGUCUCAUCUAGUUGUCACAGUCCGGUGGUCGGCGGGGUGACACUGCGCCCUCUCCAGUCCUCUGCCCACCCACCGCUGUGGACUGGCCUUUCCAAAGACCUGGGGGCCAGGGGAGCUGCCCACCCCCACCCCCAUAUCUUGCCCAUCCAUGGCCCCGCCUACCUGGGGUCGCUCAGCUUUCUUGAGUGGAAGAACAAAUGGGCCUCUGUCCGCCGCAGGUGUCCCGGCCACUGGCUCCCAGAAACUGGGCAGUGAGCAGCUUUCCAUUUUUGUUUUCUUCCCCCAAGAGGCAAAACUGUCUCUUCGUGUCCCCCCUGUCGCCUCCGCGCUGCGACAGAGAGGACUCGUCAGAACCGUUACUGUGAAUGAGUGGAUGACCCUGCAGCAGCAGCAGCGCUGGCUGGGGAAGGGGACAGCCACCAGCGACGAUGUUGACACGUUUGAGAGGACACACACUUUGGGACAAGGACAUCCAAGCACUUUAAACAGCACUGUAUCAGGUGAACAGACAGCGCAGAAGUUUUCCUUGACACCAACUGUCAAUGCCAGAAUUUUGUAUUCUGUUUUGUAAGGAUUUAAUAAAAGUAAAAAACACGG